GCGGCGGCGGCGGCGGCGGGCACCCCACGGGCGCGGCGCGGGUGGUGACUGAGCGGCGAGCCCGGCGGCCGUGCGCCGAGCCACGGCCCGGCCCUCGCGUGCGCCCCCCGGGCUCCGCACCCCUGAUGCUGCGCGGGUGCUGAGCCCGCCCAGGCCGGGACGAUGGUGAAGUAUUUCCUGGGCCAGAGCGUGCUCCGAAGUUCCUGGGACCAAGUGUUCGCCGCCUUCUGGCAGCGGUACCCGAACCCCUACAGCAAACAUGUCUUGACGGAAGACAUAGUACACCGGGAGGUCACCCCUGACCAGAAGCUUCUGUCCCGGAGACUUCUGACCAAGACCAACAGGAUGCCCCGCUGGGCGGAGCGACUGUUUCCUGCCAAUGUUGCUCACUCGGUGUACAUCCUGGAGGACUCGAUUGUGGACCCACAGAAUCAGACCAUGACCACCUUCACCUGGAACAUCAACCACGCCCGGCUGAUGGUGGUGGAGGAACGAUGUGUUUACUGCGUGAACUCCGACAACAGCAGCUGGACCGAAAUCCGCCGGGAGGCCUGGGUCUCCUCCAGCUUGUUCGGCGUCUCCAGAGCCGUCCAGGAAUUCGGUCUUGCCCGGUUCAAAAGCAACGUGACCAAGACCAUGAAGGGCUUUGAGUACAUCCUGGCCAAGCUGCAAGGGGAGGCCCCUUCCAGAACGCUCGCGGAGACCGCCAAGGAGGCCAAGGAGAAGGCCCGGGAGACGGCGCUGGCAGCCACGGAGAAAGCCAAGGACCUGGCCAGCAAGGCCGCCAGCAAGCAGCAGCAGCAGCAGCAGUUUGUGUAGCCGCCCCGCCGCCCUCCCCGGCAUUCCUCAUUAAAGAUCAACUUCAGUCGUCUGUCUGUCUGGGUGGUGGGCCGCCCGGCCCCGCGGACGGCGGACUGUGCGCCCCUCGCGGGCCGGCGCCUGCUCCUCCCCCUGUGCCCCUCCCGCAGCUGCCCGCACGUGACAGGCGCUCAAUAAAUACCUUUGAAGCCA